GUAGCUCAAUUCGCACAGUCGCUACUCGCGAGCUCACUGAACUUCCUCCUCAGCUGUCAAGCGUUAACUCACCAGUGGUCCUGGUCGAAAUAUUAUCUUUUUUAUUUACUAUAUUAAUUUGAGUUUAGUCAGAAAUGGAUGGCCAGCGCUGGUUGCCACUGGAAGCUAACCCAGAGGUAUUUAUUUUGCCAUGUACUGCUUACCCGUUCAUUUAAUUUUCCAUCGGACUUUGAUUCAAUUUCAUAGGUAGCUUUUAGCAGGAACGGUUAUGAACCAAUUUUUGCGGCAGCUGGGCUUGGUACCCACCUGGCAGUUUGGUGAUGUAUAUGGAUUGGAACCUGAACUUCUCAGUUUGGUGCCGAGACCUGUGUGUGCUCUUCUUUUACUUUUUCCCAUAACAGAGAAGUAUGAAACCUUUAGACAGGAAGAAGAGGCAGAAAUUAAAGUAAAGGGGCAAAAGGUGUCCUCGGAUGUCUACUUCAUGAAACAGUCAAUUGGCAAUGCUUGUGGUACAAUAGGAUUGAUUCAUGCUGUUGCAAACAAUCAAAAGCAUCUUGAAUUCGAGUCCAAUUCACCACUAAAGGCUUUUUUACUGGAAUCUACGAAGAUGAACCCAGAGGAAAAAGCAGCUUUUCUUGAAAAAGAUGAGAGUAUCCGUGUAACACAUGAGUCAAGUGCUCAGGAAGGACAAACAGAGGCUCCAAGCUUAGAUGAAAAAGUGGAUUUGCAUUUUAUAGCCUUUGUAAAUGUUGACGGACAUUUAUAUGAACUAGAUGGACGAAAGCCUUUUCCAAUUGUUCAUGGGAAAACCACAGAGGACACAUUUCUUGAGGACUCCGCAGAGGUCUGCAAGAAGUUCAUGGCACGGGAUCCCCAGGAGCUCCGCUUCACUGUGGUGGCUCUGUCUAAAGCAUAAAUGUUUUUGAUGUUUUACAUGAGAGGAAAAACUGCCAAUCAUUCAGAAGUGCUGAUUACUUUAGAACAUUAACAUUUAUACAGUAUAGGUUCAAUUUUGACUUUGAUAAAAAAUGUACAAAGUUUUGACCUUACCAGAUAAAUGCCAUUGUUUAAGGAAGAGUUAAAAUAAAAAAUGGGAAUAAAUCUAUAUCCACAAAAUGUUCAAGUUAAAGAUGACCAGUGUUUCAUAUCUGUGUCAUCUCAGAAUGACCUGUACUGUCAUUUUGUUCCCUUUAUUGGCUGAAAAUAUCUCUUUAAAAUUAAAGUUUGCUUCUUGAGAAUGUGAAUAUGCAGGUUUGGUUUAUUUUGGCCAAAAUAACAGUAGGAGUGCUACACCUUACAGCUUCCAG